ACGCGCCCACCUCUUCUAACGCUAGUCCUAGUUUGCACGUUUCACACGGGAACCUCCCCACUACUUCCUUAAUUGUUCUUAAGGAGGUGAAUACAGUCUAGCCUGGUAAGGCACACUGCAACAGGAUGAAGGGGACAGGAUGAAGGGCAUCUUCUGCUGUGUUUACAGAGACAGGGUUCAUUUAGUUCUGGUUAAUGGUCUUUUAAUUUUGAUAUGUUAACAUGAACUACGGAUGGACUAAACCAGAUGAACAAGAUCGAUGUAUGUGUGUGUGUAUGUAGACCAAUCUUUAGAAGGAUGGCGUUUGAAGGUCUGGUAUGUUGAUUUAUGGUGAUUUUUUUAGCCAAAUGUAGCAAUAGACAUGACGUAAAGAAGAGUAAAUGGAUGUUACUGUUUCCCCAUACACUUGUUUUUAUGAAAUGCUAGUAGGCUAUGUUCCCCACAUCUGCAAGUCUAGCUCUUUCAUCACCGCAGAACAUAGAACCGUUUUAGAGACUGUUCCUCUUAGGGCACGCAAAGCCGGUAAGUCCCGUGGGCCAGGUGGAACGAAAUACGUCUCUUACAGCUUGACCUGCUCUGCUGGGCAAGGAAGAGCACAAGGACGACCAGCGAGAAGGGCGUUUCCACCUCUUCUGAGCGAACCGGGCUCCGCGGAGCGCGUGCCGCGGUUGCGAGCGCUGCGCGGGAGCGCGGCCUUAGCCCCGCCCGCGCCGGGCCGCUGCGCGCAAGGCGGAGAAACCGAGCUGCGCGGUCGGCUGCCUCUGCCGCAAUUACGGGAACACUCUUGAGCUUCGUCAUGGGAGCUGUGGUAGCUGAUGAUGGUCCAUCUGGUGUUAAAGCCCCUGAUGGAGGCUGGGGCUGGGCUGUCCUUUUUGGCUGUUUUAUCAUCACGGGAUUCUCCUAUGCCUUUCCUAAGGCAGUUAGCGUCUUCUUUAAAGAACUUAUCCGGGAAUUUGGCGUUGGAUAUAGUGACACUGCAUGGAUUUCCUCCAUUCUGUUGGCCAUGCUUUAUGGAACAGGUCCACUCUGUAGCGUAUGUGUCAAUCGCUUUGGCUGUCGCCCUGUCAUGCUGGUGGGUGGCCUUUUUGCCUCAAUGGGGAUGGUGAUAGCCUCCUUCUGCACGAGCAUUGUUCAGAUCUACCUGACUGCAGGUGUGAUUACUGGUUUGGGUCUGGCAUUAAACUUUCAGCCUUCACUCAUCAUGUUAAACCGUUAUUUUGACAAACGCCGGCCCUUAGCCAAUGGGCUAUCCGCUGCUGGGAGUCCAGUGUUUCUUUGUGCUCUCUCACCAUUGGGGCAGAUACUACAACACGAGUACGGUUGGAGAGGAGGAUUCCUUAUACUGGGUGGGAUGCUGCUCAACUGCUGUGUAUGUGGAGCGUUAAUGAGACCUUUGGAGCCACCCAAAAAGUCCGAAGCUGCCAAAGAACCGGCUGAGAAGAAAGUGAAGAAAAAACUUCUGGAUUUUAGCGUGUUUAAAGAUGGUGGUUUUGUAAUCUACACGCUAGCAGCAUCUAUCAUGGUGCUUGGCCUCUUUGUUCCUCCAGUUUUCGUUGUGAGUUAUGCCAAGGAUUUAGGGUAUCAAGACACCAAAGCAGCUUUUCUUCUGACUAUUCUGGGAUUCAUUGAUAUCUUUGCUCGGCCUAUUUGCGGAAUGGUAGCUGGUCUUAAAUGGGUCAGACCACGCUGCGUCUACCUCUUCAGUUUUGCGAUGAUUUUCAAUGGCUUUACAGAUCUCAUGGGUUCUAUGUCUGUUGAUUAUGGUGGCCUGGUGGUCUUUUGCAUUUUCUUUGGCAUUUCUUAUGGAAUGGUAGGUGCUCUUCAGUUUGAAGUUCUCAUGGCUAUUGUUGGUACUCAGAAGUUUUCCAGUGCUAUCGGUUUAGUGCUCCUGGCAGAAGCUAUGGCUGUUCUAAUUGGUCCACCAUCAGCGGGAAAACUCUUGGAUGCAACAGGGAGGUACAUGUUUGUUUUUAUUAUUGCUGGAAUUGAAGUUACCACCUCAGCACUUGUAUUGGCCUUGGGAAAUUUCUUCUGCAUUAAGACAAAAUCAGAAGAACCACAUACAAAAGAAGAAGCAGCAGAAAGAGAGGAAUUAAACAAAUCUGAAGACAAAACUCCUGAAGAUGCCAAGGUGGACUCUAUUGAAGUGGAGCAGUUUCUGAAAGAUGAGCCUGAAAAAAAUGGCGAAGUUGUAACUAACCCAGAAACUUGUGUGUGAGCACGACAGAAAAUCGACAGAGCAUUUAGAAAAGAAAGAUUUUCAACACUAUUUAUUUUAGAAAUAGAACUAGUUUAGGGCUGGGCCAUCUGCUUUAUUACCUGGAGGCCGGUCAGCUCAUCAGUUCUCUCUGGAAGCUGAUUAGCUAGACAACCUUUUGUUGGAAAAUUAGCUUUAUCAGUAAAAGGUGGAGCAUUGUGGUUAUACUUUUUAUGUGAAGUGAAAAGCUUUUAUAAACACAAGUAGAGUCUUGCUAUGCAUCACCAGAAACUGCUCACUUGGAAGAGAUGUAGGAAGCACAUAUUUUAAGAAAAGUGGAAUUAUAUGUAUGUUUUCAGACAAUAUUGUUGAAAUCACUGUGUUGUGCGGCUAAACAUAAUUUCCCUUUCUGUGUUCUUUGUGAAGGGGAAAGAGUUUGAGAUGAAGAAAAAUCUCAGGAACUUAAAGGUCUCCGUUAGGUUUUUGAAUUUCUUACUUUUUUAGAUUUUUAGAUUCAUUGGCUCAGCCCUAAUUUAAUUUUUAUAAGAUCUGUUACUUUGAUUUUCUGAGUUUUGUCUAAACCUGUAAUCUUUGUAAUUAUCAUUUGGAAAAACUGUAUGUGGAAAGGCACAUUACAGAUACUGUCCUCAGCAGAUCACACAAGUGGUAUUCUGAGGUAGUACUAAAAGCAAAUAAAAUGAUCAGAAUCGAUCCUGACAGACCGUAAGCAAACAAA